AUGCUAAACAUGCUUCUCCUAAACAUUGAACCUGCAGAUGACAAGGGACCCAGGUACAUACGCGCAGAUCACUACAAGAAGGUGUCAUUUGGGUUCCGGAUUAUGUCUAAUCUCUCGCCUAGCUUCAACACUCGUUUUGCUAGCAUUGGGAUUGCCACAGAUGCAGACGCCGCCCGGCCGCCAAAGAAACCAGCGAAAAAGCUGUAUCCGGCGAGCUUGUAUCCGGAAAACUACCAUCGUGAAACUGCCACAACUCCUUCACGGGCGCCUGUUCUUUCGACAGCGAAAAGGGCCGUCUCCAGACACUCGAAUCCUCUCAAGCAAAUUAACUCGAGCUCCACGGCCACAAAGCGCCACUUGAAUCGUCCCUUGGCCGAAUCUGCCGAUCCUGAAACCCAAUCUCCAUGUAAAUCCAAGCCUCGGAAAGCUCCUGACCUACUGCUGUGUUCCUUCAUGAAAGAAACGUCUUCGUCACGGAACAGACAGGCUCUAGCAGAAAAGCAGGCUAGACAAGCUGAAAGGAGUCUGAUCCAGACCAGAGCCGCAUCCCACUCAGAAAUAUAUAAUAGGCGUCCAGGACAUCUAGGAACAAAGAAACGUCUUUUUCCGAAAUCAGCAAAAUCAACUGACCUUGCAUCGCUAGCAACCAAAAAUGCAAAUGUUCCUGAACAUACUUCCCCACGGCAUGUGUCUACAGCAUACACCAAUCGCGAUAAAGAAGACGUUUACGCCCGGCUUUAUAACAAUGCGUUGAGGCUGAAAACAAGAUUGGAUAAAUCACGCAACACGUCAAACCGUAGGCCAUCUUCCAGAAGUCGAUCGCCCAACUGUCCCUCUAUACCUUUAGAGGCAACAAUGUUUGAUGGAUCCAGAAGUAUGGAUAGCAGAAAACCGUGGACAGUCAAUGACGUAUACCAAAUCAUAUUUGCGGCAGACCCGCUGAUUUUUAACGAAACGAACUCUCUGGAUUUCUCUAUACCCCCUGUGGCAGGUACGGACCCACGCCAGUUGUUGGAUUCAACGGAAGGCGCUGCUCUCAGUAUAUUCGAGCGCGGUGAAUUAAUGCGCAAGUCUAAUGUAUACUAUCUUCCAAAUCUUGGAAGUGGAAGGGACGAAAGCUCUAUAAACAUCAGCAGCUUCAAGAACAACUACGGGUUCGAUGAUUUAGAAGGCAAUUACGUUAUACACCAGGGUGAUCACAUUGAAUAUCGUUACGAAAUCUUGCGGAUUCUAGGGACUGGAUCUUUCGGAAAUGUUGUUCUCUGCGCUGAUAGAAAGUAUCAGAAUCAUGUCGACAGUCGCAAAGUGGCCAUCAAAAUCAUAAAAAACGAAUUAGAUUGGUCAUUGCAAGCUGUAAGUGAAAUCAAACUACUCAAGAGUUUGAAUACACCACCACAUGCGUCUCAAUAUAUCAUGAACUAUUGUGAUCAUUUUCAUUUUCGUGGGCACAUGUGUAUCGUUAGUGAAGUGCUUUCAUUGAAUCUCUACACAUUUUUGGAGCUCACAUCAUUUAGCGGAGUUCGGCUAGCAUUACUACGCAAAUUUGCACGAGACAUAUUGCGUGGACUAAGCUUCAUUCAUGACACGCAUAUUAUUCAUUGUGAUAUAAAACCGGAAAAUAUCAUGAUUAAGCUUCCACCAUAUUAUGACCCUAACCAGACCAGCAUAUCUGAUUUCCUUGUUAAAAUCAUCGACUUCGGUUCCUCCUGUUAUGAGAACGAAACAUCAUAUUCGUACAUCCAAUCCAGAUUUUACAGAGCACCAGAGGUUAUUCUCGGUGCACAAUAUGGCUCAGAAAUUGAUGUAUGGUCCUUUGGUUGCGUUAUUGCCGAAUUAUUUUCCGGCACUCCACUUCUUCCCGGGAAGUCGGAAUUGGAGCAGAUGGGUCUUAUUUUAGAGAUGUUUGGUGCUCCAUCAUGUACUCACAUCAUCAACGAACGUAAGCGACUUAUGAGGCAAGUUAAAAUAGCACGCUCAAAAGGAUUAAGUGAUCCGCUUGUUUCAGAUCCCUCGCUGUUGCUUUCAAAAGGGAAACCUCCAGUUGACGAAAGGAAAAUCAAAAAGACCCUUCUCUACUCACUUUUCAAUCUUGAGGGAAAGCUAAAUCUCAAGUUUCUCAACACACAGCUUCAAUCGGUUUCACACAAGACAAGCGCGCCGAGUCCAUUCAAGCGCACCAUCAAACCCAAUUCUAAAAGCAUAGAAGUGGCUUUAAGGCUCCACUCAUCGCAUGAGGACCGCAACGACAUCAGCCACUUCUCCAAAUUUUUGCAUAGUAUAUUUAGGUUCGAGAGAGAGACGAGGGCCACUGCCACAGAACUUCUAGGCCAUGUCUUUCUCAACGAAUAG